AUGGUGCGCUUUCGAAAAUUGCGCACUUUGAGAGAAAGAGUAUCCGGCACUUUUAGGGUCCAAAAACUCCGCAGCGGCAAAGAAUUCGACAGAAAGAUGGAAGAUCUCUCGCUGCGAUUGCUCUUCAUUAUCAUGGCCAUUUUCAUCUGCAUUCAGCAUACCUGGCUUCUCACAAGUGCCAUUUGGUUCCAAAAGAAAGCUUUCUAUUUUUCAGCCUUUCUUUAUUCAAGUUUAAGUGAGUCCGCACUUUGCGUUUUCGAUUUGGUGGCAGUGAUUGGCGUCGGAACUUGGUACGUGUUCACUGCGCGCAAAAUUGAGAAACAAAUGGAUACCGACUCGGCGAAGAGAAACGCUUUUCUGUUCAAAGGACGAGGACAGGGUGCUCCUCAACAGUACUUUUCUUGA